AUGGACUUCUUCAAAAAGGUUGGCGAGCACGUCGAGGGCCUCAGCCAGCAGGUUGAGAACGCCUUUGGCGGCAAGGAAGAGCAGCAGCAUUCUGAAUCUCACGGCGGAGGGAGCCACAGCUAUCACGCCCAGCAGACCGCCAACAACCGCUACCAGUCCUUUGCCCCGGAGUCUAGCGGCAACGCCAAGUGGUAUGUCGACGGUGCCUCUUACUUCUGGGCCGUCUCGCAGGCGAUUGAGCAGGCCCGGGAGAACAUCUUCAUCCUCGACUGGUGGCUGAGCCCUGAGCUGUACCUCCGUCGUCCUCCGGCCAAGAAUGAGCAAUACCGCCUGGACCGCAUGCUCAAGGCCGCUGCCGACCGGGGUGUCAAGGUUUAUAUCAUCGUCUACAAGGAGGUUGAGGCAGCCCUCACUCUGAAUUCGGCGCAUACGAGAACCUCUCUGGAGAAACUCAGCGACAAUAUCCGCGUUUUCCGGCACCCUGACCAUCUCCCUACUGGCUAUGAUCUCACCAAGGAGCUGGGCAAGUCGUUCAAAGCUUUGACCAACAUGGAUCUGGCCAAGGCUUCUGGUGAUGCCAUCAAGGCUGUCUACGGUACUGCAGACGGCAUUGUCCUGUACUGGGCACACCACGAGAAGUUGCUCGUUGUUGACAAUGGAAAACUGGCUUUUAUGGGUGGACUUGAUAUGUGUUUCGGACGAUGGGACACCAGCAGUCACCCGAUUGCCGACGCUCAUCCUGGUGACUUGGACGCUAUCAUCUUCCCUGGACAGGACUACAACAAUGCCCGAGUUUAUGACUUUGCCGAUGUUCAAGACUGGAACCAGAACAAGCUUGACCGUACCAAGAGCUCUAGAAUGGGCUGGUCUGAUGUGGCUCUGAGCAUGAACGGACCCAUUACUAGCAACCUUGUCGAUCAUUUCGUCGACCGAUGGAACUUCAUCUUCAAGGAGAAGUAUGCCAAGAAGAACCCAGGCAAGUAUCACAAGCUUGAGCUACCACCGUCAAACUUCUCUGGUCACCGGGGUGGGCACUCUGGAGAGGACGAUGACUACCUGGGCGGCUUUACGGAACAUUUCAGCCGCGGCAUGAACAAGCUCAUGUCGUUUGGAGAUGAUGAUGAUGAGCCGCGUCACCGUAGACAUCGAUCCCGCGAUGGCGAUAUGCCUCGAAUUCAGCUGACUCGAAGCUGCUCUGAGUGGUCUUCUGGCCAUCCUGUCGAACACUCCAUCGCCAAUGCAUACACCGAUGCCAUUCGCAACGCUAGACACUUUGUCUAUAUCGAGAACCAGUUCUUUAUCACCGCUACCGAUGAUAAGCAGCGUCCUGUUAAGAACAAGAUCGGUGCUGCCAUCGUGGACCGAAUCGUUCGUGCCUUUCAAGAAGGACAACCCUUCCACGUCUGGGUGCUCAUGCCAGCCGUCCCUGCAUUCGCCGGCGACCUGCAGGCCGAGGAGGCACUGGGAACUCGCGCCAUUAUGGAAUUCCAGUACAACUCGAUCAGCCGCGGUGGCUACAGUAUCAUCGAGCAACUCCGCAAGGCCGGUAUCCGUGACCCUGGCAGGUACAUUGGAUUCUACAACCUCCGCAACUAUGACCGCAUCAACACGUCUCGAACCAUGGCUGAUGUGGAGGCCCGCGCCGGUGUGUCAUACGAAGAGGCUAGAAGGGAAAGGGACCAGGAGCUCGGCGGCUACCCCGACUCAGACUAUCGUGGUGGCGACGAGAACCGUGGAUACUCCGAAUCCAGGGGAUAUCAAUCCGAGUCCAGAGGAUAUCAAAGCGAGAGGUCUGGUGGUAGAUAUGAUCGAAAUGACGAUCGUGGUGGAUAUUCCGAUUCCAGAUACGGUGGUAGGCCCAGGGAUGAUGACUACCGUGGAGGAUAUCAAGACAACAGACAGGGCGGUAGGGAUCCAUACAGCCACCCGAAUGCCGAUCCUCGGUUUGAGGGCAGACCUCAGCGUCAGGAGUACCAAGGAGGGUACUCUAGUCCUACCUAUGGCGGUAGGCCACAUGAUGACGAUUAUGGCCGCCGACCCGACUCUCAAGGCUACGGCCGAAGACCUGAGCGCGACGACUACCGUCACCCCGGCGCGGACCCAAGGUUCGACGGAAGACCGGAGCCCGGUCGGUACCAGGGAGGACACGAAGAGUCGAGGUACGACAGUCGACCACAGCGCCAAGAGUAUCAGGGCGGCGGAUACUCUGAGCAUUCGAGAUACGAGCAGAAGACGACGACGUACGAGCAGCAGUCCGGCCACUCUCGCCCCUCGCACGAUCGAUACGACAGAUAUCAGCAAGAGGCCCACAAGGUUGCGGAUAGGACUCUCGACACCAUCAGUGCUUGCUACAUGGACCAAGGCCCAAGGGUUACUGACCUGCGCUGGGACGGCAACCCUGAGGAUGAGAUCAACGCUUUCGUGACUGAGGAACUCUACAUCCACAGCAAGCUGCUCAUCGUCGACGAUCGUCUUGUCAUCUGCGGCUCAGCCAACCUGAACGAUCGUUCCCAGCUAGGAUCUCACGACUCCGAGAUCGCUGUUGUCAUCGAGGAUCCCACCCCCGUCGAGUCCUACAUGGACGGCCGCCCCUACACGGCCUCCCGCUUUGCCUCGUCUCUCCGGCGCUACAUCUUCCGCAAGCACCUCGGCCUCAUCCCCGACCAGCGCUGGGAUCAGCCCAACCAGAACUGGACUCCCGUCGACCGUGACCCCAACGUCUACGACUGGGGCUCCCCGGCCGACCUCCUGGUCCGCGACCCGCUGCACCCCAAGUUCCAGCAGCUCUGGACCGACACGGCGCGAGUCAACACCGAGACCUUUAGCCGGGCCUUCCACCCCGUGCCCAACGACCACGUCCGCACCUGGAAGGACUAUGACGAGUUCUUUGCCAGCCACUUCAUCAUCCCCGGCAAGAAGGGCCAGAAGCCCGAGGAGGAGGCCAAGAAGGGCAAGGUCGAGUACGGCCACAUCGUGCGCGAGGAGUUCCCCGGCGGCGUCAACGAGGUCAGGCAGUGGCUGUCGCGCAUCCGCGGCACCCUGGUGGAGAUGCCUCUCGACUUCCUUGUCGACGUCGACGAUAUUGCCAAGGAGGGUCUGACGCUCAACGAUCUCACUAAUGAGCUCUACACCUAG